UUAACGUUAAACACCACUACAGAGGCAGAGGAGCAUUAAACAAAAUGUCCGACUCCAUUUUGGAAAAGGCCACCUCUGCUCUCAGUGAAGCCGCCAAAACCGAUGUCUUCAAGGAUGCAGUGGACAAUGUUGUCUCAAGAGGCAUUGAAGGAGGCAAAUCUCUGCUGCACAAUUUGGAGGAGAAGAAAGGUGAAGUCUCUUCCAAGAUCGUUGGAGCUGUUUCACAGUUUACCGGUGGUAGCGCUGUCUCCUCAGCCACAACCGCAGACCGUGACUUACCAGUAUCCACAGACAAUCAGCCACUCCUAGCGUCCGGUGAGAAGGCGACGCCAUGGUGGAAGAGCUGUUGUGAAAUUCUAGAUCUUCUCAAGGCAUCCUCGUCAUCAUCUAACUAGGUGAAGAUCAACAACUAACAGAGACCCAGUUUUUCAAAUAUCCUUUCUUUCUAAUUCCUCCGCUUAACCCUCUGGUUAUUUUUUCAAUCUCUAUGAUUGUUGCGUAGAGAACAUUUGUAACGAAAGAUGUAAACAAAACACACAAUAUAAAGUAAAACUACUAA